AUGUGGGACGCGAAGCAGGUUUCCGGCCAAGGCACCCCCGUGCCAGGCUCGCACUCUUCUCAGCUGGCGGGUGACGGCGGCGAGGAAAAGUCCCAAGCUCAGGGCCAGCGUCAGAUUCCAACUCCACUCGAGACAGAGGCCCAGGGACAGGCUGAGCAAUCGCCUCCCACCGUCGCGCCGCCUCCCAAUGGCGGAUACGGCUGGGUCUGCGUCCUCUGCGUCGCCGUCAUCAACGCCCACACCUGGGGCAUCAACUCGUCCUACGGCGUCUUCCUGGCGCACUACCUGUCCACCGAUGCCUUUCCCGGCGCGACCUACCUCCAGUACGCCUUUGUCGGCGGACUGUCGAUAUCCUGUGGCAUGCUCAUCUCGCCCCUGGCCGUCCUCUCGACGCGGCACUUUGGCACCCACGCCACGCUCUACCUCGGCACCGCCCUCGAGGCCGCUGGUCUCAUCGGCGCGUCCUUCGCGCGCACGACAUGGCAUCUCUUCUUCAGCCAGGGUGUCUUGUUUGGCGUAGGCAUGGGCUUCCUCUUCGUCGCCUCAGUCGGCAUCCCGCCCCAGUGGUUCACCACCCGCCGCUCUCUCGCCAACGGCAUAAGCGCGGCGGGGUCUGGGUUCGGUGGGCUGCUCUACUCCUUCGCCACGGGGUGGAUGCUCCGUACCAUCGGUCUAGCCUGGUCGUUCCGUGUCCUGGGCAUCCUUGCCUUUGGCGUGAACGUCGUUUGUGUGACGUUGCUGCGGGACCGGCACAAGAUCAUCGGGUCCCGUCACGCGGCCUUUGACAUCGGCUUGUUUCGGAGGGUAGAGUACCUCCUACUCAGCGGGUACGGCUUCUUCUCCAUGCUGGGCUACAUUGCCCUCGUCUUCUCUCUCGCCGACUACGCAAGAAAGCUAGGGCUCGGGCCGUCCCAGGCGGCCCUCGUCUCGGCUAUUCUGAACCUCGGGCAGGGUCUCGGGCGGCCGCUGAUCGGGUACUUCUCCGACAGCGUCGGGCGCAUCAACAUGGCCGCCUUGACAACGAUGUCCUGCGCGAUACUGACGUUCUUGGUAUGGGUUUUCGCCGAGAGCUACGCGGUGCUGGUCUUCUUCGCCCUCGCUGGCGGUACCGUCACGGGGACCUUCUGGGCCACCAUCGGGCCCGUGGCCGUGGAGGUCGUAGGGCUGCGGCAUCUUCCAUCGGCCUUGAACCUUGAGUGGCUGGUCAUCGUCCUGCCGUGCACGUUCAGCGAGCCCAUUGCGCUGGAGAUUGUGGGGCGCACGGGGAGCUAUCUCGGUGCGCAGCUGUUCAUCGGUUCCAUGUACGUUGCGGCGGCGGUCUGCGUCGUUCUCUUGAGGGGCUGGAAGAUUGGAGAACGGCACGAGCUGGCCAGGCUCAGGGGAGGCCAGGUCGGUGACAUAUAUGCAGAUGAGACUGGCUCGGGAUCUGUGGGUGAUGCGGCCCGUGUUGCAGGGCGACAGACCUUGUGGGAGCACUUUUGGAAAUGGGAAAAGGUAUGA